AUGAGCAUAACAACUAUGAAAAAAAAAACGACAAAAAAAAAAAAAAAACAACAACAACAACAACAACAACAACAACAACAACAACAACAACAACAACAACAACAACAACAACAACAACAACAACAACAACAACAACAACAACAACAACAACAACAACAACAACAACAACAACAAAAAAAACUACCAACAUCUGCCUUUGUGACCAUCUGCAGCCAUAGAUAA